AUGUGUCCCUUAGAUAGUAUUCAUGGUGGCGGAUUUUCGCCACCCGUAAGUCCAGGAACAUCGCAACCGCGGACAAAUAGUGACUCUGAGUCUGCAUCAUCUGCUUCAUUGGAGUCGUUGGAGUGUGUACAGUAUCUUGAGAAGGCAUCGGAUAAAAAUCCGUCAAUGUUGCUUGAGUUGGAUCUAGAUGGUAAUGUGCGGUACCUCUCGCAGAUGUGGGAGUCUGUGGUUGGGACAGCUUGCGAGAAGAUAUUGGGGCACCCCAUAGCUGAUCUGAUACUAGGAAAUGAGGAAGACAAACAGGUGUUCCAGAAGGCGGUAUCUAUGAUGUGCGAGGAUGACAGGAGCUACAGGGUGCGGUUCAUGACUACGUUGCAAAAGCCUAAGAAGGAGGGGGAAGAUGAUGGUGAGGCUACCAGUGAUGUUAUUGAGUUAGAGGCACAGGGCACAUUGAUUCACGAUAGCAAGAAUGGGCGUGUUCCGACCCAUACCAUGUGGAUAAUGAAGCCUUUCUACGAUGUGGAUCAGCUUGAUGGGCUUCCUCCGGAAUUUGUUAAAAGACUUGGAUUUGGGGCCAAGCUUUUUGCUCAGUAUUUGCAGCAAAUUGAGGAAAUGGAUUCGGUCACUGAGCAGGAUUUGCCACCUCCGCAAUGCGAGCUUUGUAGGGUCUGUGAGACGUUGGUUCCAGCCUGGUGGCUUGAGACGCAUUCCGAAAUGUGUGUGUGUGAGCACAGAAUUGAAAGUAGUGUGCAAUUAAUACACGAUGAGUUAGUGGAGCUUAAGAGGUUGAUAGAUAACAUAGCAAACUCAUUGGCUAAUGGGGAUGGAAAUUUUUUGGAGUAUAAAGAAUUGCCUCUUCCGACCCCCGAAGAUAUUGUUCCAAGCACUUCGCCAAGAUCAGCUGAAAUCAAGCCUAACUUAAGCCCCUCACUUUUAGGUGAACCCAACUCUAACCCGUUUAGGAGGAUUAGCACUCCGAACAAGAAAUCAAGCUCAAUUUUCCAGUCCGUGAAGUUUCCUUUUAAAACACUAAAGGUGCUGAGUGAGCUAUGUGAAGACGCUAUAAAUAUAAAUACCAGUGAGUUGCAUAAUAUUGAUUCGCAACUUCUAGAUCCUUCAUUUGGAAUAUUUAACAUGCAGUCGGUGAGUUACCGAUUUUCACCAAAUUCGAAGAACAAUAUCGAACACAUUUCAUCCUGGGAUUCGAAUUUGGAAGAAUCUGAUCCUGCACUUAGUCUUUUAGCUGAAGAUGCGAUAGCGUUGGUGAAAAGGAAGGUUGAAUCAGUAUUAAGACUUGACAAUGCAAUGUCGUAUUCACUAAAGAUAAAGAAAGAAGUGGACAGUCAAGUUUUACAACUAAUAAGAGAGAGAAUUAUGAAUGACAAGAGCUCGCAAAAGGACUUCUCAGUGAACAGUAAUAGCCAAAGAACGCUGUCGGCAAUUCCUUCAUCGCCCACGCAGUCGUCAAGUCUUGCUACUCCGUUACCUCAGCGACCACGAAGUAGAAUAUUAUCCGAAGGCUUCAUGGAGGAUAGAAGUGCUGUGCAAGGACUGGAAUCUGUGAUGAAUAUUGAUAUACCGCCGUUGGAGUAUGCUUCAAGAUCGAAUUCCGGAUCUCAUCCGCUAUCAAGAUCAGUUACCCCACGGCAAACAGAAGGAAAUUCUUCUCAGAAUAACAUAUAUUGUUUGUCUUUGGCAGCUACGACCUCUAAUGUUUCGGGCCAAACCGUGGAAUCAAAGUCAAAUAGUGUACUCACGCCAAAAGUGAAUGUCUCGCAUUCGUUUAGUCCGACAAAAAUGAAUACUGCCGUAAACUUAACGCCAAGAAGGGGCUCGCCAUUAUCUUCUGUGGGAAUGAACACUCCACUGUCUUCUGUUCAAAGAAAAAAUACCGCCAAAAAUGCAGAAAAAUCUCCAAUUAGUUCUCCUUUCAUGAUGGGAACUGAUUUUUUAUCUCCAGAUAUACAUCUAUCAUAUAAUAAUGCUCCAAAGCCACCGCUCUCGCCUUUGCUUUUGGCAACCAAUCAGCCGAAAGCUGGAACUCCUUCUAUUAGAGAUUACAGUAUUAUAAAACCCAUAAGCAAAGGAGCUUAUGGCAGUGUUUAUUUGGCUUCUAAGCGGUUAACAGGCGAAUAUUUUGCAAUUAAGGUCUUACGGAAAUCAGACAUGGUUUCAAAGAAUCAGGUCACAAAUGUUAAAUCCGAGCGUGUAAUAAUGAUGGUUCAAAGUGAAAAACCUUAUGUUGCAAAAUUGUAUGCAACUUUCCAAAAUAAGGAGUACUUAUUUUUAGUUAUGGAAUACCUAAGUGGAGGUGACUUAGCAACCUUGAUAAAGAUGAUGGGUAAUUUGCCCGACAAGUGGGCGAAACAAUACAUAAGCGAAGUGAUUAUUGGUGUUGAAGACAUGCAUUCGAGCGGUAUAAUUCACCACGACUUAAAGCCAGAAAAUCUUUUAAUCGACACCAAUGGUCAUGUGAAGUUAACCGAUUUUGGUUUAUCAAGGAUGGGACUCAUUAGACGUCAUAAGAAACAAAAUACUAAACAAUUUCCACAACAAGGUGCUCAUAUCAAAUCUAGAAAUAACAGUUUAUCACUUGACGAUAGUUUAGACCAUGGUCUAGGACCAAACGUUCAAUCCAACAUAUUAGAUUGUCUAAUGGUCGGUAGGAGAACAGAGAGAUCAGAUUCUAUUUCAAGUGCGCACUCACAGAUUGAUGCUCAGACAUUGCAUAGGACUGGAUCGCAGGUGUCUUUCUCACUUAUGGAUAUCUCAAGAUCUGGUACACCACCUAUUUUGCAACAUCUACAACAGCAGCAGUCGCAACAGCAACAGCAACAGCAACAGCAACAGCAACAGCAACAGCAGACACAGACACAGACACAGACUACUCAUUCCCGUUCAUUAUCCCAAUCUCAAUCCCAAUCUCAAUCCCAAUCUCAAUCCCAAUCUCAGCAACCACAAGUGCCGCCGUUUCUAGUAGCUCCAUCAAGUAGCGGCAGUAUUCCAAAAAGGAGCUCGUCAGUGCUUUCUUUCGAUACUUCUGACACUUCGCGUGAUUUGGCUUUGUUUCACCCUGACGAGGAUAGCAGCAGAAAAUUCUUUGGUACACCAGAUUAUUUAUCGCCCGAAACAAUCCUCGGUACUGGUGAAAGCAAUAGCUCUGAUUGGUGGUCUGUGGGGUGUAUUCUCUUCGAGCUAUUAUUUGGAUAUCCUCCGUUCCAUGCUUCUACAGUCGAAGAUAUAUUCAAAAAUAUCCUCAGUGGCAAUAUUGACUGGCCAGUAUUUUCAAGUAAACAAGAAGAAUUAGAAUAUGUUUGUGAGGAAGCUAAAGACUUAGUGUCGAAGCUAUUAGUAUUGGAUCCUGAAAAACGUUUAGGCGCAAACGGAGCACAGGAAAUAAAAGACCAUCCUUACUUCAGAGGAAUUAACUGGGAUAAGGUAUAUGAUGAGGACGCGUCGUUUGUACCUUCUCUUGAUAAUCCAGAAGAUACGGACUAUUUUGAUCUCCGUGGUGCUGAUCUAGACGAGUUUCUGCGUGAUAACUACGGCGAAGAGAUUCCAAGUGCUAGCAUGUUAAACACACCUAAUACAUGUAUCAAGACAGAACAGAAACAGACCAGUAACAACAGUAGCGGAAAUAGCACACCUAUCCCCAAAGUUAGCAUUUCAUCCGUGUUCGACUCUCUUACGCAGGACACUUCAACUAGCAACUCUCCUACUAUGAAGCAUAUCCCGUUGGCUAUUCCGCCACAUUUGCGGGAAAGACGCCCUAGCAAGCUUAACGAUCUUCAGACUGAAUUUGGAUCAUUUAGCUACAGGAAUUUAAGUGCCUUAGAUAAGGCAAAUAAAGAUAUUAUUAACAGGUUAAAGAACGAGCAUUAUUCAGAUCACCUUCAUUCCCGGGCAUCUCCUGGCUCAUUAUCUAGUUCUUCAUCAGAAACAUCUGCGAAAUUAAAGGCAGCUAAUCCAGGCUCUUCUGCUUCAUCUCCAGUAGGCUCACUAUCAACAAGUGUUAAAGGACAACAGGUAAGAUCGGGAUCUCCGCAACUAGUAAGAACAAGUUCACCGAGCCGGCGUAACAGUACAGAUCACAGCGGUUCAAGCGCUACAUUUUCAUCUUCUCAACGUGGACAAGCUUACGAACCCCAUUCUUUAUCUGAAACUGAGUACCAAUCUUCUCCAAGUCCAAGUAUCACUAAAUUCAAAUCCCCACUAUCUCCUUCACAUAACAUCGGUACAUCUAGGUCUCGAAUGCACUCUAGAACCUCCUCCCAAAGAACAAGCAUAAGUGAAAUAUCCAUGGACGACGAUGAGCGUCAUGGACUCAUGUCGAAAAUGAAUUCGCGUAGGGGUCACAGGCGUAGCAGAAGAAAAAGCUCAUCUGCCGCCAGCGAAGUCGGUUACAAUCUGGAUGUUCUACUUUGUGAACCGAUCCCUAUCCACCGCUAUCGCUUAACUAAAGAUUUAGAAUCUUUAGGUUGUUCCGUCAUAGCAGUCGGGGCAGGGGAUGAAAUAGUACGACGUGCCACCAGUGGAGUAAGGUUUGAUCUAAUCAUAACAACUCUUAAGUUACCGAAAAUCGGUGCAAUUGAUAUCGCCCGAUUGUUGCGACAAACCACGAACGUAAACUGCAACACGCCAAUCGUCGCAGUCACCGUUAAUUAUCAUGAUGCGGGCACAAACGUUUUUGACGAUGUAUUAGAGAAGCCAAUAGGCAUGGAGCAACUACGUAAGUUGGUUUCUAAAUUCUCUUUGUACAAAUCCCAGCAGAAUGAGGAUACAAUUUUGAGCGAUACGGAAAUGCAGCAUACACCAUAG